GUUGGUUUCCCUCUUCCUCUUAUUCUGCGCGUCAGUUUCAGUAUCACAGCUCAAUAAGAGAAGCGCUUCUCAACAGGAAAUGUCCACUCCCAACCUGCACUCAUAAAGAGAAGACGCAAUACAGAAAUGUUCACAUCUGCAUUGCAUGGACUUGGUAGUUAAUGCCUUCAGAACAUCACUUCAAUACAGAGCACCCAGAGAUCCUCAAGACUGAAUCAGAUAAGAUUAAAGUCAAAUAAGGAAAUGUUCACAUCUGCAUUGCAUGGACUUGGUAGUUAAUGCCUUCAGAACAUCACUUCAAUACAGAGCACCCAGAGAUCCUCAAGACUGAAUCAGAUAAGAUUAAAGUCAAAUAAGUGAUCCACAAUGGCCACAAGUAAUAAAACGCACCUGUUGAAAACUCUGGAGCAGCUUGGGGAAAAGGAGCUGAAGACGUUUAAAUGGUACCUGCAGGAUAAAGUUCUGGAUGGGUUUGAUCCCAUCCCAAAGAGCAGGUUGGAGGGACCUGCCAGAACAGACACAGUGGAUAGGAUGGAGGAGACAUACACACUGGAAGGAGCUCUGAAGAUCACUGUGGAGAUCCUGAGAAAGAUGGAUCAGAAUAAUCUUGCUGAGCGGCUGAUGGGUGUCAGUGGUGCUGAGGAGGCUGGUGGGAACAGUUCAACUUCCUGUCUUCCUCAGGAAGUCCAGGGUUCCUCCAACACGACUGAGACUGGAGGCCAUGCUGCUGCUCCUGGUGGAAACCCCUCAGAGCCUCAUGAGGAAGCAUCCCUGAUCCCACAGCAAAGCACCUCCUCACCAACACAACUCUAUGAAGACAAAGAGCGAGAGACAAACAGGAGUGGUGAAGACAAUGGUGUUCUUGAAUUAAUCGAUCAUUUCAAACUGAAACUGAAAGAGAAGUUUCAAGAAGUUUUUGAGGGCAUAGCUAAAAAAGGAAACGCAACUCUUCUCAAUAAGAUCUACACAGAUCUCUACAUUACAGAGGGUGAGAGUGGAGAGGUCAAUAAAGAACAUGAGGUGAGACAGAUUGAGACAGCAUCCAGGAAAUCAGCAAAAACAGAAACUGCCAUCACAUGCAACAACAUCUUUAAACCCUCAGCUGGACGAGACACAUGUAUCAGAAUUGUUCUGACAAAAGGAGUUGCUGGCAUCGGAAAAACUGUCUCUGUGCAGAAGUUCAUCACAGAUUGGGCUGAGGGACUAGCCAAUCAGGAAAUCCAGUUCAUCUUUCCUCUCCCGUUUCGAGAGCUGAAUUUGUUGGAUAGAGAAAAGUUCAGUUUGAUGGAUCUUCUACAUUACUUUUCCAUGGAAAUGAGAGAAUCUGGAAUCUCCAAUUACAACGUUCUGUUUGUCUUUGACGGUCUGGAUGAGUGUCGACUGCCCUUAGCCUUCAAGAAGAAUAAGAGGUGCUGUGAUGUCACAGAGUCCACCUCAGUGGAUGUGCUGCUGACCAACCUGAUCAGAGGAAACCUGCUUCCCUCUGCUCUCAUCUGGAUCACCACUCGACCUGCAGCAGCCAAUCAGAUCCCUUCUGAGUGUGUUAACCGGGUGACAGAGGUACGAGGGUUCAAUGACCCACAGAAGGAUGAGUACAUCAUGAAGAGAUGCAGUGAUGAGAUCCUGGCCGAGAGAAUCAUCUCACACAUCAAGGCAUCAAGGACUCUUUACAUCAUGUGCCACAUUCCAGUCUUCUCCCUAAUGUGUGUGACUGUCCUAGAGAACAUGCUGAAAACAGAGAAGAAAGAGAAGAUGCCCAAGACCCUGACUGAGAUGUACACACAGUUUCUGGUGUUGCAGACCAUACAAAAGAAAGUGAAGUAUGCUGGGAAAACUGAGACAGAUUCAGACUGGGAUGAAGACAGCAUUCAGAGUAUUCAGUCACUGGCAAAACUGGCCUUCCACCAUCUGAUCAAAGGCAACCUGAUUUUCUAUGAGAAAGACCUGACAGAGUGUGGAAUUGAUGUCCGUGAUGCCUCAGUGUACUCAGGAGUGUUCACACAGAUCUUCAGAGAGGAUCGUAAAGUCUUCCAGAAGAAGGUGUUCUGCUUUGUCCAUCUGAGCUUUCAGGAGUUUCUGGCUGCUGUGUUUGUGUUUCUCUCAUUCAUCAACAACGAUGAGAAUCUGAUGUCUAAGAAUCCAGUACCUUCCAGUUCCAACAAACUGUUGGCUCUUUUCAGAGAGAAACCAGAAGUCCGAUUCUACAAGAGUGCUGUGGACAAGGCCUUGCAGAGUAAGAAUGGACAACUGGACCUUUUCCUCCGCUUCCUCCUGGGUCUCUCAAAGGAGUCCAACCAGACUGACUUACAAGGCCUACUGACUCAGACAAGAAGCAACACACAGAGCCAUGAGAAAACAGUCAAGUACAUCAAAGAGAAGAUCAGAGAGAAUUCCUCUCCAGAGAGAUGCAUGAAUCUGUUCCACUGUCUGAAUGAACUGAAUGACCAUUCUCUGGUGGAGGAGAUCCAACACUACCUGAGCUCAGGAAGUCUCUCCAGUGAGAAGAAGCUCUCAUCUACACAGUGGUCAGCUCUGGUCUUUGUGUUGCUGACUUCAGAAGAGGAGAUGGACGUGUUUGACCUGAAGAAAUACUCCAGAUCAGAGGAAGGUCUUCUGAGGCUGCUGCCAGUGGUCAAAAACUCCAAAGCUGCUCUGCUGAAUGACUGUAACCUCUCAGAACGGUGCUGUGAAGCGCUGGCCUCAGCUCUCCCCUCCUCAGAUCUGACAGAGCUGGACUUGAGUAACAACAACCUGGGGGAUUCAGGCAUGAAGCUGCUCUCUGCUGGACUGGGGAAUCCACUCUGCAAGCUGGAGACACUGAGGCUGUCAGGCUGUCACAUCACAGAGGAAGGAUGUGCUUCUCUGAGCUCAGCUCUGAAGUCAACCUCAUUCCUGAGACAACUGGAUCUAAAUAACAAUGAUCUGAAGGAUGCCGGCAUGAAGCUGCUCUCUGCUGGACUGGGGAAUCCACUCUGCAAGCUGGAGACACUGAGGCUGUCAGGCUGUCUGGUCACAAAGGAAGGCUGUGCUUCUCUGGCCUCAGCUCUGAGGUCCAACCCCUUCCACCUGAGGGAACUGGACCUGAGCUACAAUCAUCCAGGAGAAAAAGGAUUGAAGCUGCUCUCUGCUAGACUGGAGGAUCCACACUGCAGACUGGAGAAACUCAAUGUGGAUCAUGGUGGAGAGUGCUGGAUCAAACCUGGCCUUUUGAAGGCCUGGAGACAUGCCUGUGAGCUCACACUGGACCCAAACACAGCAAACAGAGAACUCUCUCUGUCUGAGGAGAACAGAAAGGUGACAUGGAGGAGAGAGAAGCAGCCGUAUCCUGAUCACCCAGAGAGAUUUGAGGACUGGGAACAGGUGCUGUGUAGAGAGGGUCUGUCUGGGCGCUGUUACUGGGAGGCAGAGUGGAGUGGAGGAUGGGUUUAUAUAGCAGUGACUAAAGGAAUCAGCAGGAGAGGAGGGGGUGCUGACUGUGUGCUUGGACACAAUAACAAGUCCUGGAGUCUGGACUGUGAUGAUUACAGUUACUCUGCCUGGCACAAUGAUGAGAUCUGCCAUACCUGCCCCCCCCCCCCCAGCUCCCACAGAGUAGGAGUGUAUCUGGACUGGCCGGCCGGCACUCUGUCCUUCUACACAGUCUCCUCUGACACACUGACCCACCUGCACACAUUCCACAGCACAUUCACUGAGCCCCUCUAUCCUGGGUUCAGGGUUCAUGGCUCCUCAGUGUCCCUGUGUCAGGUAGAAUAGCCCACACACACUCUCACACACUGUGCUCACAUAGAUGUCAUUGAAGAUUGAACUGUACAGUUGGAAUUGAUAUCCCAGAGUGUUUGUAAAUAUUGCUGUGUGUAGAAUGUUUGUUUUGUUUUAACCUUUAGAUGUAAAUAUUACUGAUAUUAAAUAUUAUUAAUAUCUCUAAAUAUUACCGACGCUUCCACCAGAGUGAGUUAUUUUUCCAAAACGGAAGCUAGCUAGCUUUAGUUAGCUUCCGUUACCUAGCAACCUAGCAUAAUACUCGUAGCAAUGCUACUACCUGCUAGUGUUACUUGUUAGCCUCCUAAUUGUACAUUUUGAAGCCGUACUACAGCGUUUGUCAUGUCGUUUUUGUCUGUCGGAAAAUAGUCGGUUGGAAUGUUCAGAAUCACACGUGUGACGUUACUCUGUGGGGCUUUCGAACUAUCGCACACGUGUGAUGCUGCUCCUUAACGGGUUAAUUGUUGACAAACAACAAUCCUGUCUUUGAUCUCAGUCCCACUGAAUGUGAUGAACUAAAUAGUGUCUUAGUGACUAAAUAAGGAGAAAUAAAGAUGUUUUAUACAGGA